GGAGAGUCACAGCAAAACUUUCCAUUAACAUCUGUAGAUUUUUUGGUGAUAACGACGUUGUACAGCAUCUCACUGAUAAUGUCUGGAAUGGCGUCUAACCUAGCUAAAAAGCGGGCAUUGGCUGCAGGGUUUGGCACUAAUGCUAAUGCGGUGAAAUAUCUCAAUCAGGAUUUUGAAGCGCUUAGGGCGCAAUGUUUAAGUCGUGGAGGGCUAUUCUCGGAUCCAACUUUCCCAGCCGCACCCGAAUCUUUGGGCUUUAAUGAACUCGGACCAGGCUCGUACAAAACUAGAGCAGUGCAAUGGAAAAGGCCAGGAGAGUUGUGCUCAAGUCCAGAGUUCAUUGUUGGAGGAGCCACCAGAACAGACAUCUGUCAAGGAGCUCUAGGUGACUGUUGGCUUUUAGCUGCCAUUGCCUCUUUGACACUCAAUGAAGAUGUCAUGGCUAGAGUGGUCCCCGUUGGACAGAGCUUUGGAGAAAGUUACGCUGGCAUUUUUCAUUUUCAGUUUUGGCAGUUUGGGGAGUGGGUGGAUGUUGUCAUUGAUGACAGGCUGCCCACAAAAGAUGGAGAGCUGCUGUUUGUUCACUCAGCUGAGGGCUCAGAGUUCUGGAGUGCACUACUGGAGAAGGCCUACGCUAAGGUGAAUGGCUGCUACGAGGCCCUGUCUGGGGGCUCCACCACUGAGGGCUUUGAGGACUUCACUGGGGGCAUUGCAGAGAACUACGACCUGAGGAAACCCCCUCCGAACAUGUUCCAGAUUAUUAAGAAGGCAAUUGAGUCAGGGGCUCUGCUUGGCUGCUCCAUUGACAUAACCAGCGCCGCUGAUUCUGAGGCAGUCACACGACAGAAGCUGGUGAAAGGGCAUGCCUACUCCCUAACAGGGGCUGUUGAGGUGACCUAUCGUGGCCGUAAGGAGAAGCUGAUCAGGAUACGUAACCCUUGGGGUCAAGUGGAGUGGACAGGGGCUUGGAGUGACAGCUCCUCAGAGUGGAACUCCGUUGAUGAUUCAGAGCGCCAGAACGUCAAAGCUGACGAUGGAGAAUUCUGGAUGUCAUUUACAGAGUUCCUGCGGCAUUACUCUCGCAUAGAGAUUUGCACUCUGACCCCAGAUACACUAACGGAUGACUCUGUGAAGCACUGGAGUGUGUGUAACUAUGAUGGUAGCUGGAGGAAGGGUUCCACUGCUGGGGGGUGCAGGAACCACGCCUACACCUUCUGGAUGAACCCCCAGUUUGUGAUCAGGCUGGAUGAGGAGGACGAUGACCCUGAUGAUAACGAGGUGGGCUGCAGCUUUGUGGUGGGCCUGAUCCAGAAGAACCGGCGCCGGCUGAGGAAAGUAGGCGAAGACAUGCACACCAUUGGCUUUGCCAUCUAUGAGGUUCCAUCACAGUUUCAUGGUCAGAGGGAGGUUCACCUGGACAAGAAUUAUUUCCUGACACAUGCUCAAAAGGCCCGGUCUGAGAGCUUCGUCAACCUUCGGGAGGUUAGCACCCGCUUCAAAAUGCCCCCCGGGGAGUACCUCAUUGUGCCCUCCACCUUCGAGCCGCACCUAAAUGGUGACUUCUGCAUCCGUGUUUUCUCAGAGAAGCAGACUGAGACUCGACCAUGUGACGAUCCUGUCAAGGCAGAUUUAGAUGACGAGACUGUAUCUGAUGCUGAAGUCGACGCAGGAUUUAGAGGCUUGUUUACAAAGCUUGCAGGAGAUGACAUGGAGAUCUCUGCAGCAGAGCUGAAAACCAUCAUGAAUAAGAUUGUCUCCAAACGAACUGACAUCAAAACAGAUGGCUUCAGUCUUGAAACCUGUAGAAUCAUGGUCAACCUCAUGGAUGACAGUGGGAAUGGAAAAUUGGGACUUGGGGAAUUCGCUACUCUGUGGAAGAAAGUGCAGAAAUACCUGGGUAUCUAUAAGAAGAAUGACAUGGACAAUUCAGGCACCAUGAGUACUCCAGAGAUGCGUAUGGCCCUGAAAGAAGCAGGCUUCACUUUGAACAAUGGCAUUUAUCAGAUCCUCGUGGCUCGCUACGCUGAGCCAGACAUGACCAUCGACUUUGAUAACUUUGUGGCCUGCCUUAUGCGUCUGGAUAUGAUGUUCAGAGUCUUUAUGAAGAUUGAUGCUCAUGACAGUGGCUCCAUUGAGCUCAACUUCCAUCAGUGGCUAACAUUUACGAUGAUCUAGAAGACCCCUGUUCAUUCCGAAGAAAAAUGUGCAAGUUAAAAAAAAACAAGUAUUAAAUUCAUUAUUUAAUGGAAUUUUUUAGAUUUUUAUGUCACAUUUUUGUAUGUAUUUUAUUCACUGCUGCAUGGUAUUGUGUAUUCGGUUAAACAUUACUAGCUGUGGUAUGAUAUUACUGUGGUAUAUUUCAUGUGAUUGUCAUUCUGUAAGAGGAACAAGGAAAUAUUUGUUCGCAAACCACUGUAAUCUGUUUCCUUUUUUAUUAGAAAAUAUGCCUUGUAGAAAUUGUCAAAUUGCUUUUUAUUUUGGCCUGUUUUAUGGAAUGUCCACAUGGAAUUCCAUGCAAUGCUCAAAUAAAGAUUUCUUAUAUUCUAAUAA